AUGGAAAGUGUCCAGGGGCCAUUCUUUGAUGCGCAUGAUCGAAGACAACCAGCCUACUUGGAAGCUCCAGCUUUCACCUCCUUCGAACGCGUCGGGGUUCUCAUUCCGCUUGCUGAGAGAGCCGCUGCGGACCUCUUGGCUGCUUCCACUUGCCAGACGGAACGGAUCCGCAAGCUUUUCAGGAGCAUCACAGCGCUUACAGAGACCUUUCGCAGCUUUGAGAGCGAGCAGGCUCUUAGAAACCAUCCAGCCAUCCAGCAUGAAUGGCUGCUCAGAGUGGCUGACCUCAUGCAUGCCACCAGACAGGCCUUGUUUGAAGUCAUCUGUGUCUUCGGACAGAAGGAGAGGAAGCUCCAAUGCCUUUCUGAAGAGUUGGAAGGCUUCCAAGCGGAGUGCCUGGACGUCGCGCGCAGAUUGCUGCCUGAAUCAACUUACAAGAGAAUGUUUCAGCCAGAGCAAUCCGCAUUCGUCACUCACGAAAGAAGGAGCUCUCUUCUGCAGAAAACGGAAGCUUUUUCAGCUAUAGGAUGGCCUUCUGUCAAGGAAGAGAUUGGGUCAGAACACACAUGGCUGAAGAACGAAGUCAGCAGGCUCUGCAUGAGAGUGACAGCAUUGGAAGAGCAGCUUCCAGUCAAGUCGCCGGAUGCAAGCAAAGUGGGAGAAGGACAGAAAGUGCUUAUAGAUGAGAAGACCAACAAGCAGGUUUCUCGAUCCAGCGGAGGCCCUUCCGCUUCAAUCAGGCACACGCCGGAAUCUGCGUCCACGACUUUCCAAGAUUCGGCAACUCUGUCGACGACGCAAUUCCCUCAUCUCGAGAGCGAGCCUCUCCCGAGAUUUGCCAAAGACUCAGCCGCAACAAACUCAAACGAUUCAAUGGUUCGGGUGACGAGCCAAUCGCGCCCCUCUUCCGCACGUCCGGCAGCUUCCCAGCUCAAGAGCAAGGAAUCACUCUCAGGCCACAGAAUCACACCGGAAAGUGACGAAGCUUCGGUCGUCAGCGAAGCAGAGGACUGGAAAACCGCCGGCUGUGGCCCCGAAAUCUUCGUCACUCAGAUCCCGCCCCAAUUGCCCCCGGAGAUCGUUCAAAGCCGAGUCCAGAGCGCAUUCCGAGACUUCUUCGCGGGCUUCGACGCCUUACCCCGGGGGGUUUUGGACGUCCGAGGAAUCCGCUCCUCAGUGGAAGCGCGAUCAGGCGAAACUGUCGCCUACGUCGAGCUGACGUCGCUACUCCCGGCCCAGGUCGUCAUGGACGCGAGUGCGCGCGCGCCGCUGCGCGUCGUCGCGUCCGUCCGCACCCUGCGAGACCAUCUGGGGAUCCCCCAGAAGAUCCGCAUCCCGGCCCGUCAGAAAUGCGCGCCCGCGCCGCCCGCGCGCGCGGAAAUGGAAGCGGUGCGCGCGCUCGAGGACACGGUAAGGGCGUGGGAACCCCGGCGCUGCGCAUACGCGCGCGCGCUGCGCGCGGAGGGCGAUCUGUGCUCGCUCGUGCGGGAGAAGGUCCGGGCUUACGCGGGCGCGGCGUGGGAGCUCGAGGUUUUGGCCGUCGGCCGCCACGCGUGCGUGCGCUUCCCGAGCGCGGCCGCAGCCGACGAGUUCUUCGACCGGCCGCGAACCCGGUUUGACACCGAAUGGGACCACGAGCUGUUCAUCUGCCGGCACCGCAACUACCUGCCUAUGCCGGACCUCUACUUCGGGCCCCUGUUGUCCCAAACCCUCAAACCCCAGCAGGUUUCGCCGCGGCCGGAAGCGAAGACACCGACGCCCAAAACCCCAAACCUCUCAGGAUGUGAGGGAACAACGCCGACGACGCCCACAACCCCCAACCUCCCAGAGUACGAAGCGCCUGACCUUGCCGGGGCCUGGAACUACGACCUGUACGUGGCAGAGACCGCCGAGCGGGCGCGGCCGCCGAUCGCUUCCGACCGCGCAGAGACGAGAUUGGAAGAUCGGAAGGGGGCGAUUCCGAAAGAGGAGAAACUUUCCGAGCGCCGCGAAGGUGGGGAACAAACGGAAGGAAUGCUUCUUGCGCGGAACGAGACGCAGGAGAGGCCGGCUAACGGGUUCAGGAACGGAAUCAGGGCCGGAACUCGGCGCGGGUCUGACGUCAGCUUGAGCGCCAGUGACGUCAGCUCAGCGGGGGUGCUCGUCGGAGACAAAAGGGAGGGGCCGGCCGCUCAAUGGGGAGACCAUUUGCAGCAGCCUUUGGGUUUCGAAGAGGAGAUCGUGCCACCCAGUUCGAUCAGCAAGGCGACCGUAAGAGUUCGAAGCGAGGGACGGAAUGGGGAGACGUCUGAAAGGAGAAACGAGGUGACUGGGGGAGCUUCCACGAAGGGGACAGGGGGUGACACAGCCGAACGGAAGGCAGUCGGGGGGCCGGCUUCGAGCAACGAGACCGGGGUGACUGUCAGAAACGAAAGCGGGCGGCAAGCGACCGAUAAACUGUUGGAUCUGGAAGAUGAAGAGUUCAACGAGAGGGGCCGCUGUGUAGAUUACGAAGACCCUUAUGACUCGGCGGCAGGACUGACCGAGUCCGGCGCGUCAUGGGUGGUUGAUUCGAUGGAACCGUUUGAUGACCUUCCGGACGGGUUUGAAACGGAACGCGGCGGAGUGAGGACGGGCGGAAGUUGGGGGGAGCUAGACCGGACGGAGAGCCUGGGUCGGAAUGAGGAGCCUGGCGCGAAGAUCGAGCGCCCGUUCUCCAGUCCCGGUUCAUUCUUUGGAGCGAGAGAGUCUCAAACUAUCUGCACGAACGGGAAAAGCAGUGAGUGGUCGGUGCGAGCGACGAUGCAGUCGGAGGAGCCUACCGGGGACUCUGCCGGGAGAGCGGUAGCAGGCCCGCCGGGCAAGCCGGGGGCCGCCCAGAGGAGAGUGUACGCGCCUUCGCAGUUUGAGCUUUCGCCGGAGCUUCUGCGGGAGGGCGUAGGGUUAUCAAAGUCGGGGGAGUGCUCGAAACCGGGGACUUACGUGCCCUCUUGGCGGAAAGAUGAGGCGGAGAUUGAUACAGCCGACCUCUAG